UUCACAUUAUACUAUAAUAAUGUAUAAUAGUGUAUAUAAUUUAUUUUUGUACGUAAAAGACAGAGAAAAAGAUAGCUUGGAAUAUUAUUAAUAUAUUAGAUUGAUGUAAUGGAUUUAGAAUGUCUAUAUUACACAAAUUGACAAACAAAUCCUCGGAUAAGUUGCUUUUAAAUUAGCAGAUACUUGAUAAGUCCAUAUGCACACCUUAAAUUUAACAUUAAAAGAUAUUGUGCUAGUGCAAAUUGAUUUUGCAGCAUAAUCAAUGCUCUUUUAUUAUAAAAUGUUUAAAACAUUAAUUCAUAAAUUGUAUUUUCACAUAUUGCUCAAUUUUUUAUUCUGACGUUUGUAGUGCGCUUUUUCUCUUUUUAAUUCAACACAAGUAUGAAUGCAGACUAAGAAACGAAGUAUAAUAAGAUUUCUGUACGAAGAUGCAAGACAAUUGUUUCCUCGCUUCAUACUUUACAUGCUGAACACGUUACAGUAAGUAACUAUGUGUAAUUGCGUCAAUAUAUUUAUGUAUACUAUUUUGCAUUAUCACACACACAUAAACAAAUACACAUAUAAACAUACCGACUGAAAUACUCAUAAUCACUGGAUGUAUAUUGUCCAAAAUGAUAUAGGUUGUUAUAAUAAAUCAUAUUUUUAACGCAUGCUACGAGUUCUUGUUUGGCACGACAGAUUGGAAGUUUGAUCGAAAGUUUCUUUUACCAGGGACAAACAGGUGCGGCAGGAUAAGGCACGCGUCCUGGAAAUGCAUAUGAAUCGGGAUUUAUCGUCCUGCAGAUCUGCUUCCAACGUUCUUUACCGCCUCUGCCUUGACGAUAUUGUUGAUACGAAGCAUCUUCUCCGUUUGGAUAGUAUCCGGUAUUUUGAUUGUCGUAUGAGGAUUGUCGAGGAAACCAUAAAUCGAGCCAAGUUCGUAAUCCUACUUAGAAGGAAAGAAAUGUUAUCUUUCUCAAUCAGCAUUAAUACAUAUCAGCAUCCCAUGAAGUGUAUCUUACUACAGUCAUCAAGCUUCUUUCCCAUUGAUUAUUCAUCAUUUUAUCAUCUGUGCAAUCUCCUGACCUUAUUCACAUUACAGAUCAAAAAGUUGAAAAUGUCCGGAUGAUGUCCAGUGCGCCUAAAGAUCAUCCAGACACCGCUCUUGCGUCGCUUCUCGUCGAGAUUUGCAGAUAUGCCAAGCUAAAUCGUCUAAAUAUUUUGGCUACUGCAGACUUCAUCGUCAAAACUGCUUGGUACAGCUGGCUGCAGCAGUCAGUUUUGCUUCGUUCGUAAAAAGCAUCGAUCGUCGAGUCGUUUCGUUGUGUAUCUCUUCGAAUUCUUUCAAAUGUCAAAUUUAAACAAUGUCGACGAUAAAGACAACUAUCAGUCUCUUCGCCGAUCAAGCUUAUCGAUAAAAAUGCAACGUAGUCUAAGGAAAGUGAGAAAAAGUAUCCAAAAAAUUACUGAGAGUAUUCUGGAAGAUGAUAAGCAUUCGUUGUACAUCUUUCCCGAGCAACUAUCAAUUCUAACUUGGCGCACCGGUUUCUCCAAAGAUGAAAUUCGCAAGUUGUAUCACUCCUUCAAACAAUUGUGUCCCAGGGGAUGUGCGAUGACUGGCGAUUUGAAAUCCGCGUACACCAAGUUGUUCCCGUUAGGCGAUCCAGCCAAGUACGCGCAAAUCGUGUUCAACAGUUUCGACAAGGAUGGUGAUGGUAUUGUUAACUUCAGUGAUCUUCUCAGAGUUAUGACAUUGAUUAUCAACGGUAAUAUGGAUCAAAAACUUUCCUGGAUAUUCGAGUUGUACGAUCUGAAUGGGGACGGUUGCAUUACAAGACAAGAAAUGCUAAUCAUAAUAUCUGCGAUUUACGAGAUGGUGCAGGACGCACAGAAUGUUGCCCAGUCCAUAGUUGACAGCCAAGUGGACAGAUUCUUCGAAAAAAUGGAUGCGAAUAGAGAUGGUGUAGUCUCCAGAGAAGAAUUCAUGAGCGGUUUAAAAAUGUACGGAAAUAUGUCAUAUUUUAUGUUAUAAGAAUGCCGUAUAUAAUUUGAGUUUAACAUCAGAAGGACAUUCGAAUAAAAGUUUGAAGAGCAUCUUUUUUAUAUAUUAAAUAUAGUGAAACGUUUUUUUAUAAGACAUAUUAUUAUAAUUUUAAUAUUAAUCAAAAAUGUAACAGAUAUAACUUACACAAUUGUUUUGUCAGACCUUUUGAUGUUAAAGUUCAGCACAAAUUAGUAGGUUUUACUUUAAUAAUAGCGAAAAUGAUAUAUGUAUACGAGAAACAAGUAUCAUAACAAAAUUAAACA